AUGACAGUUGUACAAAACGUUAUGCGAACUGCAAUAGAGGUUUGUCAUUAAUUAAAAUAUUAUUUAUAUUAUUUGUUCUUAUACAUUAAAUAUAUGUAUCUUGCAGCAGUCAAUUUCCCCAGUCGAAUGGGAUUUCAUUAACGAUUUAAGUGCUUUACCAGAAGAUAAAGAUGUCAGUAUGUAUAUAUUUGCUAUAAGAUUUAAAUAUUAAGCAAUAAUAAUAAUAUGACAGAAAAUAUUUUAAAAAUAAUGUUUCUCAGUUAUAGAUUUUCUUUUUCAAAGAUUACAACGGAGUCAAAUUUAUACAUGGGUUGGCUCACUACUCCUGACAUUAAAUCCUAAUAAUGAAGUAUCAACAUCUGAUUUGUAUAAUUCUUCAGAAUUUGAUAAACAUAUUAAUACAUCUGAAGCAAGUCCUCACAUAUUUGCUAUUGCUGCUAAGGCACAUUAUAAUCUUCUAAAAGAAAUUGGACAAACUUCUCAGGUAAUUAUUAUAAGCGGAGAAACUGGAACAGGGAAAACAUUUAAUGCUUAUAAAUGUCUAGACUUUCUUAGUAACAUUAAUAAAAAGUCAGUACAUUUGUCUCAAGGGGAUUGUGCAUUCAAUAUUAUGCUAAGAAUUACAGAUGCUUGUCAUCUAAUAUCUACUUUUACAACUGCCUGUACUGAAAAAAAUGAAGUAAGUUCAAGACAUGGGCAACUUAUAAGGCUUCAUUAUAGAAGUGGAAUUAUUUCUGGUGCAACUAUUAAUUCGUUUCUUUUGGAAAGAAGUAGAGUAACAAGAGGUGCAAACAAUUUUCAAAUUUUUUAUCAGAUGAUAUUUGGAAUGUCGUCGGCAGAACUUGAAAGUUUUUAUUUAUCUAAAGAUAAAUAUUAUGAUGUAUUAAAUGUCACGGAUUAUAAUAAAAGAAAGUAUUUUCAAGAAAGUUUCCAAGAUACUCUAAAGGCACUAGCUGCAUUGGAUUUCAAACUUGAUCAGAAAAGUGAUAUUUUUCAAGUUCUUGCUUUAUUGAUUCAUAUGGGAAAUAUUAAAUUUAAAGAAGAUGGUGAAAUAUGUGUAAUUGAUUUUAAUAAUAAUAAAUCAAAGGAAGCUGUAAAAAAUACUUGUGAUCUUAGUUGUUUAACUGAAGAAACUAUCAUGGAAUUGCUUACUACUAUUCUUAUAAAUCCACAAAGUAUUUGGCGAAAACACACAUCAUAUCAUCGACACCUUGUUACUAUUGAUGCGUGUCGUAAAAGAUUACAUGGUAUAAUCAGGCAUAUGUAUGAUCUUCUUUUCCAUUGGAUUUUAAAUCAUGCAAAUAAAACUUUAUCUUUAAAACAACAGUAUUCACAAUGGCUUGGUAUAUUGGAUAUCUUUGGUUUUGAAUGUUUUAUUAAAAAUGGUAUAGAACAACUUUGCGUAAAUUAUGCUAAUGAAAGAAUACAACAAUAUUUCAUAAAAACUUAUGUAGAAAGUAAUUGUAAUAAUUUGCAAGAAGAAGGUCUUAUUGAAAGUUGUGUACCUUUACAUACUAUCAAUUUAUACAAAGAACGUCUAAACAUUAUUGAAGAAAAUUUAUUUUUAACCUUAAAUGAUGUUUGUCAAUCACCAGUAGCGAUUGAUACAUUAACAAUGAUUCAAUUAGCUUGCAAAAAUUUACACAAUACACAGAGAAAAUUUUUAAGUGUAAAAGGAGAAAACUUCAUUAUAGAACAUUAUUCUAGGCCUGUUGCAUAUUCCAUAGACGAUUUAAUGUCUAAAAAUACAGAUAAGGUUCCAAAUGAAAUUUCUUUAAUUUUCAGUGCAAGUAAAAAUAAAUUUCUUCGUUCCUUGAUAAAUUUUGGGGAGGAACAAUAUUUACAUAUCGUAAAAGCAUCUACUACAAAAAAGACUAUGUUAGCUAAAUUAAAAUAUAAUAUGGAUACACUUAUUAAGGAACUUAGCAAAUGUGAUCUGCAUUACGUACGAUGUGUUAAACCAAAUCGAUCGAUAAACAAUGAAUGGGACCGAAAAGACUUUCAAAAACAAUUAGCAUGUAUUGGCAUUUUUGAUGCUCUACCUUUAGCUAAAUGUAAAUAUCCUUUUCGCUUGUGUUAUCAAGACUUUUAUUAUCGUUAUUUCAGAAAACCUACAAAAAUGAUCGAUCUCGACAAAUGUAGACUGAUUCUGGAGUCAGUUGCAUCUCAAAAAGAUCUACAAAUACAGGUUCAUUUUGGGAAGCAAAUGAUAUUUUUAACAGAAUUUAUUUUUCUUAAAUUGGAAUCUUAUAGAAGGAAUUAUCGUAUAAGAUGUGCUAACAAAAUAAAAGCAUCCUGGAUAAGGUACAAACGUAGAAAAUUGGCUACUUCAAAAUAUUUGAUUAACUCUGCAGUACAAAAGGUACACUUCACGAACAAAGAUGAUACAAUUGUCGAAGUUACACUUGACCAAGAAUUGGCAAAAUCAAAUACUUCCGAUGGGAAUGAUAUAUUUCUUGCUAGUUUCAUCCCUCAAAAUAAUAACGAAAUAAGUUAUUCAAAUAUUGCAAUAAAAAAUGAAGAAGAUAAUGAAAAUGUUGGUGCAAAUGGGAAUCUGAAUAAAAUUUAUUCAGAAAAUAAGAAUGAAAAUGAGAAUAACUCGAAAAUAUUAAUAACGAAAAUAUUAGGAGUUUUGGAAAAAGUACAUAUUUUUAAAAACUGGCAAAACAAAAUUAGAAACCUUAAAUACCAACUCAAUGAUAUACGAAUUAAAAGUUAUUUUGAAAGUAAUACUAUAAAAUUUAUGAAAACAAUUAAUUUUGAUUAUUUUUCAAAACUCAAACAUAGUAACGACUUAUAUACAUAUAUAAUAAUAUAGUAUUUAUUAAUUAUAGUAUAAUAAUAGUGACAAUUUAUUAGAACAGUAUUUAAAUAAUAUUAAGUAAAUAUAAAUUCUGUAAAAAGCAUCAAUAAAAGAAGAUAGAGUUGGUAUUUUUAUUUGAUAUCUAAAUAUUGUUUUAAUAUAUAAAAAAUUAAUUUUUUUAGGACAAAAUUGUUGCCAUUGAAAUGGAUUCUUCAUUACUUUUUUAUAGAAAUAGAAUUUUAAGUCGACGAUGGCUUGCUGCAGUAUGUAUUUUAAAAUUGAAAUAAUAUUAAAAAGUAAUACUAAUGUUAAAAAUAUUUAUUUCAGAUACCGAUAAGAAUGCAUACUCGGACUACAUGUAUGACAAAAUCGUAUGUAUUGCCACGUAGUGUAUUACCGCAAGGAUUACAAGACUGCCUUUAA